AUGGUUUGCAAACAAGUCGACACCGGACGCCCUUUGAAUACGACGGGAGUCGCUGUUGUUUCUUGCCUUUGUUUUCUGGUCAUGAUGAACGCAAUUAAGGCAUUUCCAACCCCAACUCUAAUUAAUACGGUAGUUGGAGGUAACAGUUAUGGCGAUGGAGUUAAAGCUUCUGAUUCCUUCAUCAAUCCAACCUCGCUCGCCAUUUCACCCAUUUCGGGAAACCUUUACAUCGCCGACAGAAAUAAGAUGCGAAAGUUUAAUCCUCAAAGUGGUGUGAUUACAGCUGUUGCAGGCAAUGGAUUAAGUGGUUCUUCAGAGGAUGGAGUCAAGGCAACACAAACCCCUUUCAAUACCAUUUCAUCCCUGGCAAGAAGCAACGGUGGAGAGUUUAUCUUAAUAGAGAAGAGUUUUUACAAGAUCAAAAAAUAUUCAAGGAAUGGCCGAACGACAACCAUUGCAGGAGUUGGAACCAGUGGUUUCUCUGGUGAUGGUGGUUUGGCAAUCAAUGCCAAAAUCAAUCCAUCGAAUGGUCAUAUUGCCAUCUCAAAAGAGGGAGACAUUUAUUUUGCAGACACUGGUAAUCAUAGGAUUAGAAAGAUAUUUACGAAUGGCACGAUUACUACUGUAGCAGGUACUGGUUCGUAUGGUUUUUCAGGUGAUGGUGAUUUGGCAAUCAACGCCAAGUUAAACAGUCCAACAGGUAUUGCAAUUUCAAGUUCGGGAGAAUUAGUCGUCAUGGACACUAAUAAUAAUAGAAUUCGAAAAGUGCUCACCAAUGGUACAAUCAUUACCAUUGCUGGUGAUGGAACUAGUGGAUUCACAGGAGAUGGUGGAUUAUCAAGUGCUGCCAGAGUGUACCGACCAUCCCAUGGAAUAUUCAACGCUUACGGUGAUUUAAUAUUUACUGAUGAAUAUAACCACAGAAUUAGAAUAAUUCAUAAUAACGGAACUAUUGCAACCAUAGCUGGCUUAGGCUCUUCUGGUUUUGCUGGUGACGGUGGAAAUGCGUUAUUGGCUAAGUUUAGUUAUCCAAAAUAUGUCACACUUUUCAAUGAUGAAAUUUAUAUCAUUGAUAGCAAUAACAAGAGAAUUAGGAAAGUGGAUACAAAUGGCAAUAUUUCGACAGUGAUCGGAAGCAGUGCAUCUUCAUACAGCGGAGAUGGCUAUGAUUCAACGUUGGCCAAUGUUGUCAAUUUGAAUUCGUUUUCAGUGAGAAACAAGACCAUUCUUUUAAGUGACAAUUUUUCUCUCAGAUAUGUCAACACAACUGGAAAAAUAUCAACUAUUGCAGGAUUGUCCUCUUCUGGUUAUUCUCCAGAUGGAUCUUUGGCCAAUAUUUCCAAAAUAUCUCCCACAUGUGUUUAUAAUGGUGGUGAAGAGUUGUUUUUUUGUGAUGGCUCCACUUUUCUGAGAAAGAUUAAGGAUAACGUUCUCUACACUCUUGCAGGAACUAAUGACAUUUUUGCUGGUAAUAAUUACCUGGCAAACGUUUCACUUUUAACAACUGUUUAUGGUGUUACAGUGAAACAAUCAACAGGUGAAAUUUAUCUUGCUCAAGCUUUCUCUGCAUCGUCGAUAAGAAGGGUGGAUUCAAGAGGUAUUAUUUCAGUUUAUGCUGGUAUUUUGAAUACAAGAGCUGUCAGUGAGGAUGGAUAUAACCGCCUCAAUACUUCUUUUGUUGACCCGACUAAGGUUGCUUUUGGUCCAAAUGGAGAUGUGUAUGUUUCUGAGUAUGGAACAAACAAAAUUAGAAAAAUUUCUGCUUCAACAGGUUUGGUUUCACUUUUUGCCGGAAAGAACGGCGGAAGUUCGAACAACGGUAUAUUGGCAACAACUGCUUCGUUGAUCACUCCAAUUUAUAUUACUGUUGGUGCAAAUGGAGAUGUUUAUAUCACUGAAAGCUCUCUCAUUAGAAAAAUUGUUGCAAGCUCAGGAUAUAUUUAUAACUAUGCAGGACAGGGUUCAUAUUCAGCAGGUUAUGCAGGUGAUGGGGGACAAGCAGUUAAUGCUAAACUCAAUGGACCUGUGGGAAUUAAAAUUACAUCGAGCGGUAUUCUGUACAUUGCAGACACAUGGAACGACAGAAUCAGAAUGGUUGCUGCUAAUGGUAUCAUUUCAACUGUGGCAGGCAACGGUACUGCAGGUUUUUUUGGCGAUGGAGGUUUGGCAACUGCAGCCAAUAUAUAUCAUCCUUAUGGUAUUACUGUUUCUCCAAUCAAUGGUGAUGUAUAUUUUGUGGAUGGGUACAAUUAUAGAGUUAGAAAAUUUACACCCGGUGGAAAUAUUCAAACCAUUGCAGGAUGCGGAAAGAGUGGUUAUAAGGGUGAUGGUGGAUUGGCAAUCAAUGCCUGUUUAUAUAUCCCGUAUGAUUUGGAUAUUCUUCCGAAUGGAGAGGUGUUGAUUCUUGAAGGUUUUAAUAGAGUGAGAAAAAUUGAUUUGAAUGGAAUAAUUACCACUGUUGUUGGUGGUGUUGGAAAUGAAGCCAUUGGUGUGAACAGCACCAUCUCUCCAAAUGCAAUCGAUCGAGAUUCUCAAGGUUCAUUUUACAUUACUGAAAACUCAAAAUAUAGCGUUAGAAGGUUAGAUGCAAACCUUUAUAUGCAUUCUUUUGCCGGAUCAACAAUGAAAGAUUACGGAGCGGAGAAUGAACAUCGUCUCGUGUCUGAUUUUAUGAGUGUCACAGAUACAACUGUUGCAUUGAAUGGAUCAUACCUUUUGAGCGAAAAUUCAGGAAAUCGAGUUAGAAUGAUCCACUCCAAUGGUCUUGUGAGAACUGUUGCAGGUAAUAUGACACAAGGUUUUUCUGGAGAUAGUGAUUUGGCAACUAAUGCACAACUGAACUAUCCAUAUAGUGCAGCUAUGGCUUCUAAUGGCGAUAUUUACAUUUCAGAUAGUAAUAAUUUUAGAAUUAGGAAAGUUGAUUCAACAACUGGAAUAAUUACAACAGUUGUGGGAAAAGGAUACAAUGGUUAUGGUGGAGAUUUUGGGUAUGCUUCUCAAGCAACAAUUUCCAAACCAACCUAUUUAAGAAUUGUUGAUAAUGAUAUUUAUUUCAUUGAUUCUGGCAAUCGUGUGAUAAGAAGAAUUGCUACAGAAUGCCCAAGACAUGCACAAGUUAACCCAAACAAUAGUUCAGAUUGUAUUUGUUUACCAGGAUAUUAUGGCGAACUAUGUGAAGAUUAUGACUGUUUUGGAGUGAAUCAAGCAAAUGAUACAUCAUGCUCUGGAAAUGGUAUUUGUACUGCACCAAAUAUAUGUGAAUGUGAGGAAACCUAUUAUGGCGAUAAGUGCCAAGGAUUUUAUUGUUAUGGAUUUUUGAGUAAUCACACCAAUGUUUGCUCAGGUCAUGGCCAAUGUAUUGAAACUGAUACCUGUAAAUGUGAAAAUGGAUUCCCAAGUCCACAAUGCGCACCCAUAUGUUUUGGACUUGAGUACUCUAAUGCAAGUGUCUGUUCAGGAAAUGGACAAUGUAUUGGUCCAGAUGUGUGCAACUGUUCUUCUCCGUACUAUGGAAAUAAUUGCCAACAAUUACCAAUUUCAUGCUUUGGAAUUUCAUUCAAUGACUCGAGUGUUUGUUCAGGAAAUGGACAUUGUAAUGCCACUGAUCAAUGUAACUGCUCUUCUUAUUAUUUUGGAAAUAAUUGUCAGAAUCCAAUUUCAUGCAACGGGAUUCCUUUUAAUGACUCGAGUGUCUGUUCAGGAAAUGGACAAUGUAUUGGCCCAGACGUGUGUAACUGCUCCUCUUCAUACUAUGGAAAUAAUUGUCAUUUGUCAACUCAAAUUUCAUGCUUUGGAAUUGUGUCAACAGAUCCAUCCGUGUGUUCAGGAAAUGGACAAUGUAUUGGAACUGAUCAGUGUAAUUGCUCUUCUCCAUACUAUGGAAAUAGUUGUCAAAACUUUCCAAAUUCAACUUCAUGUUUUGGAAUUUCUAAUAGCAGUCUGAAUGUAUGCUCAAGACAUGGAGUAUGCUUUUCGCAAGAUCAAUGUUCUUGCCAUGAAAACUACACUGGCACAAACUGUGAAUAUCCAUUAUGUUUUGGAAUUCAUUCAACUUCCAACCUUGCGUGUCAAAGACAUGGUUUGUGUGUUGAAGAAAAUCAUUGUGUUUGUUUUAAUGGUUACGGUGGGCCUGAAUGCCAAUAUCCAAUUUGUUUCAAUAUUCUUUCAAAUGAAACAUCGACUGUUUGCUCUGGAAGAGGUCAAUGCAAUGGACCAAAUAAUUGCUCUUGUGAACAGGGUUAUUCAGGUUGGCAAUGUGAAUUACCAGUCUGUUUUGGAAAAGCAUCGAAUUCAUCACAAACAUGCAAUGGAAGAGGUGCAUGUAUAGAUAUUGAUCAAUGUAAUUGUACAACGAAUUAUAACAACACCUUGAUUCAAAUUCAUGGUCAAGAAUGUGAGAAACUGAUGUGUCUCGGAAAGAAUAAUGAAUUUUAUCUUUCUACUGAUAUUAAUAAUGUUUGUAAUGGAAAUGGUAUUUGUAGUUUGGAAGGAGGUUGUACUUGUAAGGAAGGAUAUUUUGGAGUUGCAUGUGACAGUUUCACGUGUAACAACGUUUUAAAUCUUAAUACUUCAUUUGUAUGCUCUGGACAUGGAGAAUGUGUUAAAUAUGAUCAAUGUGAAUGUAAAUUCAAUGAUUUUGACGGAUAUUGGCAAGGAAGUAAUUGUAAAUCAUGUCAUCCUUCGUAUGGUGGACAAGAAUGUACUACAAGGAGGUGUAAUGAUACCAUUACUUGUUCCAAUCAUGGUCAUUGUAACGCAACACUAGGUUGUGAAUGUAAUGAUUAUUGGUCUGGACCUUUUUGUUCAGAAUGCUCUAAAAACUAUUAUGGAUCCAAUUGUGACGUGUAUUGUGAAUCAUCUACAACAUGUAAUAACCAUGGUGUUUGUAAUUCUGUGAAUGGAUCAUGCCAAUGUUUCAACUCAAAACAAAAAGGAUUUUGGAAUUCAUCAAAUUGUGAAACCUGCCAGGAUCAUUAUUAUGGAAAAGAAUGUUCUACAAGAAUUAUUGGUCCUGCAUUCUUUUCUAAUUUAGGAAAUGGCCUUUCAUUGUUUUUACAUGGACCAAUUUCAUAUGACAAGUUUACAGUUGAUUGUUCAAAGCUCAUUUCAUUGAACGAUUUUGGAUUGUUUGGAGUUAAUCCUUCAUGUAUGUGGACGAAUAAGGAACAAGGUGAAUUUUUUAUUCAAUUUGGAGAUUAUUUCGCUUUGAGACCAUAUGACAAAAUUCACCUAAAUCGACUUGUUUUUGAUUCUUCAAAUUCUAAUUCAAUGAUGGAUUUAGAAGAAUUGAAUGUAUUACCUGCUCUCAAUCCAUUCAAACCAAAAGCAAUUUUAUCAAAAAAGAAAAACGCAAUAUGGAUCAUGUGA